AUGCGCUACUCUGAGAACUACGUGAUAUAUCCUGCAUUUUGGCGCGUUCGUUUAGCGUAAAAACAGCACCGAAAGCAUUGAACAGCGGUGAUUCGGGCGCGUUUGAGACAUGUUUGUCGCUCGCAGUAUUUCUGCGGAACACAAGGACCUGAUCCACGAUGUCUCGUACGAUUUCCACGGCCGAAGGAUGGCCACUUGCUCAAGCGACCAGACCAUAAAGGUCUGGGAUCUGACAGACGACGGAGAUUGGCAAUGUACAUCAAGCUGGAAGACCCACAGUGGCUCGGUGUGGAAGGUGACCUGGGCACACCCUGAGUUUGGACAGGUCCUGGCGUCAUGCUCCUUUGAUCGCACAGCUGCAGUGUGGGAGGAAGUCGUUGGCGAAUCACUGGCAUCCACACAAAGAGGACAGAGUCAUUGGGUAAAGAGAGCUAACCUGGUGGACAGUAGAACGUCGGUGACUGAUGUCAAGUUUGCACCUAAACACAUGGGGCUACAGCUAGCGACCUGUUCUGCAGAUGGAGUGGUGCGGAUCUAUGAAGCUCCAGAUGUAAUGAACCUGAGUCAGUGGUCUCUGCAGCAUGAGAUCAACACCAAAAUGAGCUGCAGUUGUCUGUCAUGGAACCCUUCAAGACUUCACCUGCCCAUGUUGGCAGUCGGCAGUGAUGACACCAACCCUUCAGCUGGAGGAAAGGUUCAGAUAUACGAGUACAAUGAUAACAUCAGGAAGUGGCAGAAGGUGGAAACAUUGAUGGCGAUAACUGAUGCUGUUCACCACAUUUCCUUCGCACCAAACCUGGGCCGGUCGUACCACCUCCUGGCCAUCGCCACCAAGGAUGUCCGCAUCAUCACCCUCAGAUGUCUCAGGAAGGAGCCCAAUGCUGGUGCAAACCCAGGGGGAAUGAGCAAGUUUGAAAUCAGACAGGCUGCACAGUUUGAUGAACACAGCUCUCAGGUGUGGCGUGUGAGCUGGAAUAUCACAGGAACCGUCCUGGCAUCAUCAGGGGAUGACGGGUGUGUGCGGCUCUGGAAAGCGAACUACCUGGACAACUGGAAGUGCAUCUCUGUGCUGCGUGGGGACGGCUCAGUGUCCAAUACAGCAGGCAGCUCCACGGGACCGAACCAGCUGGGCCUGGCCGGCACUGGGGGCAACUUUGGGGGAUCCAGAGGGUUUAAACAAGGGGGAUCCGGACAGAGCAGCAUGUGGUAUUAGCACCAGUUUGUAUGUAUGGAGGAAGAAGAUCUGAUACAAAAAAGAAGAUACAUGUACAUGUACCUGCACUUGUUUGGAAGUCAUUUUGAAGUGUCCUAAAAUUUCUUUUGAUGUUACCAGAAAUCAAAGAGACAGAACUUAGAAUGUAGGACUGCGCUACCCUUGGUGACUUCAAUGUAUACUACUAGUAUUUGUAAGUCAUAACUGAUGAUUGGGGGGGAGGGGGUGUAGUAAAAAAGGACCUGCCAGACCACUGGCGCCAUGUAUAACUUUCCUUAGUUGGAUAUUAUGUACUUCAGUAUGUGUGUGUAUACAAGUAGACUGCUGUAUACAUAUACAAGUCAUCCCUAUUCCAGUGUCAUUAACUAUUAAGAUAGUAUAUUUAUAACACUACAUGAUGUAUGCAUUAUGUUCUAUCAGGGACUAUUAUUAGAUACCUUUAGAUUACACAAUGCUCAUAAACAAAAGUACAUGUUCAUCAGGCUGGUUGAAUUCUUGUAUUUCAACUUUUUGUGAAAAAUCCCAGAAUGCGUCUUAAUAAAAACGACUUUUGA